UCAGACUCCGAUGUGACCAUUCAUCAUGGCGUCUGCUGUGUUUUGUUUUUUAUUUCUGCUCGAUCUGUUUUUGCACAUAAGAGGAUAUACUGAAGUUCAGCAACUAUCAGAUUCAUGCUACAAACCAAUGAAGGACCACAGACCAUCAUUCAUUAAGACAUACCCCCGGCCUCAUGAAUAUGUAAACAUCUCUGAUCUCCCUGCCUCCUGGGACUGGCGCAACAUUAAUGGCAAAAACUAUGUGAGCGUCACACGCAACCAGCACAUCCCUCAGUACUGCGGCUCCUGCUGGGCCAUGGGCUCCACCAGCGCACUCGCAGAUCGCAUCAACAUCAAGAGGAACGGGGCGUGGCCUUCUGCUUACCUGUCAGUGCAGAACGUGAUUGACUGUGGCGGGGCGGGCUCAUGCUACGGUGGAGAUCACAUGGGUGUAUAUGCUUAUGCACAUGAGCGGGGCAUUCCUGACGAGACAUGCAAUAAUUAUCAGGCCCGAAAUCAAAAAUGUGACUCGUUUAAUCAGUGUGGCACAUGCUCGUUCUUCGGUUCCUGCUCUAUAAUUAAAAACUACACCGUGUGGAAAGUUGGAGACUAUGGAGACGUCUCGGGACGAGAUCGGAUGAAGGCUGAGAUCUACAAAAAUGGGCCAAUCAGCUGUGCAAUAAUGGCCACUAAAGGCCUGGAGGCGUAUGAUGGAGGGGUUUUUGCUGAAUUUCACAUCCUGUCUAUGCCGAAUCACAUCAUCUCGGUGGCAGGCUGGGCUGUCACAGAGGACGGGACCGAAUACUGGAUCGUCAGAAACUCCUGGGGCGAGUUCUGGGGAGAGUCAGGCUGGGCCAGGAUCGUCACCAGUGCCUAUAAGGGAGGGAAAGGAAACUGGUACAAUCUUGGCAUCGAGCACAACUGUGCAUACGGAGACCCAGUCGUUACAUAG